AUGGCGUCCUGUCAAGCAACCAUAACGAGUACAUUUGGUGCGAAAGAACAGGUGGUUAUUGGCGGUGAUUUGCUUCAGGAAAAAAAUAAAUAUGCGUUACGUUGCGGCUUAUCUACUUGCAACCCUUGGUGGUAAUAAAACUCCCUCAGCUUAUGAUAUUGAGAAAAUUUUAAGCAGUGUUGGAAUUGAAGUAGAUAAUGAAAGAGUCAAAAAAGUAAUUCAGGAAUUAAAUGGUAGAGACAUAAAUGAAGUUAUAGAAUUAGGUAAAUCAAAAUUAGCUUCAAUGCCAUCUGGAGGUGCUGCUGCUGCAACUGCAGUUGGUGAUGUUUUGACUACAACUUCAACAGCAGAACUUCCUUCAUCUCCAGCUAAAGAUGGGGCUAAGAAGGAAGAAAAGAAGGAAGAAUCUGAAGAAUCUGAUGAUGAUAUGGGAUUUGGUUUAUUUGAUUGAAAAGUAUCUUAUACAUUCCUUAUUUAUUUCAUUAUUUAUUUAAUAAAUAUGAUAAUAUAUUGA